AUGUUACCUUCUUCUAGUUCGCCAGCAAAGACGCUCACUGAGCUCCUAUAUCAUCAGGGAACUACGUAUCAAGUACCAGGCCCUCCGUUACCCGCCGGCAAUGCUAUAGGUGAUACGAACUAUCCGGGCGUCAGCGACAACAAUGUACAACAAGCUCAAGAAGCGUUCACCCCUCUGGACGGCGAAUCCAAUGUCGGACAAACGGACAACUCGGACGCCCAGCGUCCGCCUGGUGACAAUCUCCUCUCGGGACCAGACCUAGACGGUUAUCAAGACAUGCCUCUCCAACAGUAUAUAAGUGAUUACAUAUACGAGGAUACCCUCAAGUGCUGGCUGAACGACCUUGCCCAGAUCUGUAAUACUCGUAAGGACUCUUUCGUGGUUACUGCAGACCUUUCUAAAUAG